UUUGCAUGUGACUCCUGCUACUCGGUGCCAGUGCCAUUCCAGCUCACCGACACUAGUCUCUCCAAUCAAUCUAUCUUUCUAUAAAUAAUAUUAUUCAUUUUCACUCUUCUUCUUGAAGCUCAAGAAAAAAUGGCGAGACUCGUGAUAUUGAUGCUGCUCUGUGUCCUCCCAGCCUUGGCCACUGCAAGAUUCUUACAUCAUGCCAAGCCGUUUGUCGUGCAAGGACGUAUCUAUUGUGACACUUGCCGUGCUGGCUUUGAAACCUCGGCAACUACUUACAUCCCUGGGGCUAGGGUGAGAAUUGAGUGCAGGGACAGGAAGAGUUUGGCACUCACCUAUAGCAUUGAAGGAGUCACUGAUUCCACCGGAACAUACAAGCUCACCGUGGCUGAUGACCAUCUUGAUGAAGCCUGUGAUGCUAUGCUAGUGAGCAGUCCCGAUCCGUUGUGUUCUGAACCCAAUGCAGGACGUGACAAGUCUCGUGUCAUCCUAACCCGAUCCAAUGGAAUGACCUCUGAUCUUCGCUUUGCCAAUAACAUGGGAUUCCUUAAGAGCGAACCAAUGACUGAGUGCACUCAGGUCCUCCAGAUGUACAAGGAAACGGAGGAUGAAGAUUAGGGCCUCUUGCUCUUGGUACCUUUCUAUGUUAUUAUAUGUGGAUGAUGCUACUAGAGGCUUAAUAACUUCUGCUGUGUAACUUUAAAUUGUUUGUCUUCUAUUUAUUCAUUUUGAUCUGUGACUCCACGUUUAUUUAUGCUCACUUAAUUGUGGCCUAUACUGCCGGACCAAUUUAGUUAUCUAGUUAUCAUAUGAAUGUAUUGGUAUUAUUGUUCUCA